CGUCGACAGGCGUGUCAGUCAACGACAUACAGAUGGUCGGACCCACCGUGCAGGACGAUCUUUUUUCAAUUUUAAUUCGAUUCCGGCAGCACAAAUUUAUCGUGUCAUGUGACGUCGAAAAAAUGUAUCGCUCCAUAAUUUUAGACGAAUCACAGCGAUCAUUGCAAAAAAUUGUUUUUCGAUUCGAUCCGAGCGAAUCACUUCAAACUUACACACUAAACACUCUUACUUACGGAACGGCGUCAGCACCGUACCUAGCGACUAAGUGUUUAGUCAGUCUCGCUGAUAAGGCUAGUAACGACAAAGUUAAGUCGUCAAUUCAACGCGAUUUUUAUAUCGAUAUUUACAUAAGCGGUGGAGAUACAAUCUCUGAAACAAUCGAUUUAUGUAAGGAGGUAAUAGGUAUUUUAUCGUCAGCAAAAUUUAAUCUUCGUAAAUUUCAAUCAAAUAGCCCGGAAAUAUUAAAAUCGAUAGUACAUAAUCAGGAAAACGUAAAUAAUUUUUUAGAUCUUUCGCGUAAUAAUUUAAAUUUAAGUACAAAAACAUCAGGUGUAAACUGGUUAUGCGACAUCGAUUGUCUUUCAUUUCACAUAAAAAUAGAUAAACAUAAAAAUAUAACAAAACGAUACAUUUUAUCGGUUAUCAGUCAAAUUUUUGAUCCUUUGGGUCUAGUUGGACCUUGUAUUCUAGAAGCAAAAAUUAUAAUGCAACGGCUAUGGAUUAAUAAGUCCGACUGGGACGAAACAAUAACUGGCGAAAUUGCACAUCAAUGGCAUUCGUUUGCCAAUGCUUUAUCUUCACUUAAUAAUUUACGUACAUCUCGAUGCGUUUUUUCUAGUGAUGCAGUGACGCGCGAAGUGCAUGUCUUUAGUGACGCUUCGGAGCGCGCUUACGGCGCUUGUUUAUAUAUCCGUACAGUCGAUCGGUACGGUAAUAUUAAAGUUUCGUUACUCACUUCAAAAAAUCGUAUAGCACCUAUCAAACCAACGACUAUUCCUCGAUUGGAAUUGUGCGGUGCGUUGUUAGGUACGAGACUGUGCACUAAGGAACCUGAUAUUCCUUCUGAGUUCGCCAACGAAGAAAAAGACCAAGUGGCACACUUCCCAUGGUGCCAUAUCAGUGGGCACGCUCGUGCUCAUCAGGGACAAGGAUGUCCCACCUCUCUGCUGGCUCUUGGGCAGAGUCGUCCACCUGCAUCCCGGCGCCGACGGUGUCACCAGGGUGGCUGACAUCAAUACCCGGAAGGGUAUCAUCAGGAGGGCCUUCAACGCCAUCUGCCCUCUUCCUAUUGAAGACACUUCAAGGCGGGGAGCAUGUUCGCGCCCUUAGCGCAAACAACAGCGCGACUGUGUUCGCGGCCUUAGCGGGCCCUGGCGGGGCGCGUGGGGCGCGGCUCGCGGACCCCUUUCACCUCACGCUGCGCGGGCGCAGCUACCACUCUUCAUCGGGCCGACUCGACAGCUAGUCGUUACCAAUUGCUUAUU